GUGGAGUGCGACGCCCUCGAGACCGUCCUGAUGGCAGGUUCAAAAUGCGGCCGCGUCGAGGACAUGGAGAAGGCAUUGGAGAAUUGGCCAAGGAUGAACUUUGCCAAAGCGAUGGCUGCUUAUCCAGUGGGGAGGGCCAUCCUUGAAGACGUAGAGAAGAACGGGCUGCCUAUGAUGAAAACGAGGGUGAAAAACAUCGAUUCGUGGAGAAAGUUCGCUGUCGGAUCCCCCACCGGCGAGGUCAUCCUGAACAUGAACGGCAUCAUUCAGCGAGUGGACAUCAUCGGCGACGACGCCGCCAUGGAGGAUGCGAGGGAAGCGGUGAAACGGCUUCAUUAUUUGUCAAGCGCCUCAUCGCUGAACAACUUCUGCGCUGCGAAGAUGCCUGGCCACCCAAUCUGCAGCUGCGUCGGAGAUCUGCACGUCGAGUUGCACGACCUGGCUCUUUUCAUGUUCGAGUACGAAGGCGCCGCGGACGUGCCGAACCCGUCAGAACCUUUGGCCUCUUCUAUCCUUCUCGGUUUGAGCAACUUCGGGGGCCAGAAGGCAGUCGUCUCCGCUCUGGGCAGUCUCGUGGGCGACGGUCCUGUGCAGCUACUCAGUGACUGGUUCGCCCGGGCGUGGCGGUCCGAGUCGGUGUCUAAGUGCGUGGAGACUUGCAAGGCCCAGGCGGCUGGCCUCGAGGCAGCCGCCAAGACGGCCAUCAAAGACACGUUCGAGAUGAAGAUCGCAGUCGACGACGCGGCGUUCCCGAAGCUUCUGUCCUUCAAUCUCCCCGGAGACGUUCCAGCUGCCAUUGGCGUCCUUCGCAGCAUCCCGAGACAGAGCAUCCUCGUCGGCGAGAUACAGUGCACUUACUUGUACGGCAGGGUCGCGAAGAACUACGCCAAAUCCAAGUCGGGCUACGAGAAGCUCGAGACCAAGAAGGAGCGCACCAUCAGCGAGACCCUCGUCGGCAUGAUCAGUGGCCUCCGGGGCGACUUGAAGACGUUCCGCGAUUUCGUGGCGGCUUCGCCAGUCAGCGAAUACUUCCGUUCGGGGCCACUCGCCGUGGACGAGCAGCUGCUGCAGACCGAGAAGAGCAGGUUGAAGGUGGAGUGGGACCGCGAUGACCUCGACAAGGCGCUGAAUACGAUCGAGGCCUGGAUUGCCGCCGUCGCGCAGGGCUGGAUUCAAGACGGCGCGGGCCCCGAA